AUGGUCGAGGAGCGUGGGGGUGCGGAGGAAGAGGAUGAAGGGGUAGGGAUGGUCGAGGAGCGUGGGGGUGAAGAGGAGGAGAGAGAGGAGGAUAACGAGAAUGAGGACGAGGAUGAAGAGAACGUUGAGGACAAUGAGGAGGAGGAGGAUGAGGGAGUCGGGAUGUUCGAGGAGCGUGGGGACGAGGAGAUAGCGGUCCACGGCUGGGGCUUCCUGCCGUCCGUGUGUUUGUGGCGGCUAUUCUGGUGGCUCCGCGACCAGGACCGCAUGCGCGCCAACCUGGUGUGUCGUCACUGGCACGCCGUGAUGCGUUCCCCCUCCCUCUGGCGCUUCCGACGCUUCCAUCUAUCCGGGCGCCUGAACAGGUUCCGUCGGUCGGAGCCCUUGACCACCCUCACCUACGCGCGCCACCUCGGGGGCUACCUGGAGACGCUGGAGGUGUGUGUGUCAUCUCCCCACAGCUCAAUGGUCGCCCGCCGACUGCAGUACACACUUCGAGGGCUGCUGGACGAGCUAACCAGGGCGGGCACCCGGCUACGGUCCCUGUCCGUGACCGGGCUGGAGCUGGACCGGACAGGCUGGCCUCGGGCUGUCCGGGGGUCCCUGGUCCGCUGCCUGGCUCACUUCUUCCGGAGAGGGGCCUCCCAGCUGGGCUCUGUCAGCCUCAAGGGGGCCCGUGCCUCGCUUCGACAGGGAAUGGAGUUGCUCUCUGCCCUGUCACAGUCCCAGCAGCACCAGUACCUGCGCGGACGCCCCGGAAUCGCCUCUCUGGACCUGGAUGACUUCUUCUCAGGGCCCCUGCCUGUGCACCUCCACCCCAGGCUUCCCCUGGCCCUGCACAGCCUGAGAGGCCUAAGCAGCCUGGGCCUCAGUUACUCCUGCCUCUCCGACGAGCUGCUCCAGGCACUGGGGCAGAACGGCUGGGGCCGGGGGCGGCGGGGCCGGGGCUACGGAUGGGGGAGGGAGAGGGGUAUGUUGCGGAGUCUGAAGCUGAGGUGCCAUGUCAACGAGGCUCACUCACAGGUGGUGUGCGACAGCUCGUGGGAGGGCUUGGUGGAGAGAUGCCCGAGGCUGGAGGUCCAGCUACACGUGGAGCAGGUGGUCAACACUGACAGGCUGGGUAGGGUGCUCCUGCCCCAGGUCCCCCUCACCGACUACAGCAUGACCUCCUGCUACUUCACCGAGUCGGACUGGAGCGCCAAGCCCGUCCUCUCAGAAAUGCUGCCCCAGUACUGGGACAGGCUCCAGCAUGUGACCUUGGACCUGAAUAACUGCCACGAGUCACUGGAUGAGGAGCUGCUGGAGCUUGUGGAGGUGUGUGUGUGUCUGCAACACCUGACGGUGUGGGCCUUCUUGGAGAUCCACACGGUGGAGCAGCUCCUGCAGGCCAGGCUGGAGAAGAGGACGUCCCUGAACACCCUGAAAGUGAGGAUCUACUCCGUGUCGGACGACAACCAGGAGGCGGAGGAGGAGCUGGAGGAAGUGCUGUGCCGAUACACACACCUGACGGCUGUGUUACACUUCUCUGCUAGCAUCCAACCCAUCAUAUAA